GUUAUUAUGUAUUUUACAGUCAAAUAAUUAAGAAUUUGGUAACACAAGCUGCUCUUAAAGUGGCACAGUCACGUUACCCUGAACUGCUUGUGCCCAGCAGGUCUAUUUUUAACAUGAACAUCCACAAACACAUGCACAUCCGCAAGACUGCUUCAGAAAAGGACCUAGAUUUACUUUACACUUAAACAGACUGAAGGACAUUCACUUGGUACAUCAAUGGGAAGAAACAAAAGACCCCCCACUGGCCAACACAAGCACUGUGAAAAAUGCUUCAGCAGUCGAUGCCGGGCGUCAAUAGAAAUAUCCGUCUCCUGCAUGGUAAUAAACUGUCGGCUUCACUGUGGGGCGGUUUUCCAUAUGUGCAAGGAGGAAGAACACAAACUGUUGUGCCCGCAGGAAAAGGUCCCCUGCCUUAAUGCUGAAUACGGUUGCCCAUUCUCCAUGCUCCGUUUCAAACUCGCUAAGCAUCUGGAGGUCUGUCCAGCAAGCACCGUGAACUGCUCCAUGGAAUGGAACCGCUGGCCUCUAAUAGAAACAAAGACCGUUCUCAACGAGAAUGUAAUGAAAGAACCAUACUCUGAGGAGAAUUUAGACCUUUCUAUGGCUCUCAGAGACCAAAGAGCCCUAUUCAACUCAUUAAAACUGGCACCCCUCUUUCCCGAGUUGAUGGAACAACUAGAAGCCCCUGAAGUUGUAGAUGAAAGGUUGGGACUAGAAGCUGAAGGGGCAGUGGGUGGAGAAUGCCCUGAUAUGUCAUCGUCUGCUCUUGCUAGUGACUUCACAGAUCCCAAUGUGAGGGUAUUUAGUGGGGAAGAAGUUGCUGAGAUGACUCAAGCUGAGCGAGAAGCUUUGGCAAAGGACCAAAACGUGGCAAACCUGGGUAAGUACAAUGCGUGGGAAAGCAUGUUUAGCAAGGAUAAGCAUAGCUGCAAGCACGCUGAAAAGUCUGCAGAGACACGGGAGACAACCAGCAGUCAGAAGGAUGGAAACAAAAUGGCUAAUGCUGAGGAACAUUUAAAUCAUGACAUAUCGGGUUUGGCACCUUGGCAGGAUGGAGUUUUGGAGAGGCUCAGAAGCGAGGUCGCUUCAAAGGACUUCAACAUGUAUCUGGUGCACCAUGGAAGAAUGCUACUUCAAUUUGGACAGAUUAGUGCCUGUACCCCAAGAGAGAAAGACUUUGUAUAUGGAAGCCUGGAACCCAUACCUGUCCAGACUCUCCAUUCAUUUAAGGUUCCCACUAGCUACCGGGCCAUAAGGAAUCGCAUUGGGGAUUCUAUAAAAGAAAAGAAAGAAGAAACCAAGGGGAUAGACACCUCUGAUUUAGGUGUCACCAAUGAUGAUAUAUCAAAAUGUGAUGUGGUUAUGGCUACAUUGGUUUGCUCAUUGGAAAAAGAAUUAAAAGGCAAAUUCAUCUCAGAAACCUUUUCAGAUGAUGGAAUAAGUAUACACAUUGGGACACAGACCUAUUUAUUUGAAUCCACACCGUUUAAGACCAGUGCUUCAUUGGCUGACGUUACAGCAGAAAGCAAACCGUACCUCAAGUUUCAUCUUCAAGCUGAGAGCGUGACUACGAGGCACAACAAAGCCUGCUCCGCAUUCACUUUCUUGUGCCACCACUUCUUCAGACGAGAUGAGUUUCCGUCACACUUCAAGAACGUCCAUGCGGAUAUUCAGUCUAGUCUGAGCGGCUGGUUCGAGCAGCGUUGCCCUCUGUCCUACCUCGGGUGCACCUACAGCCAAAGGAAGUUCCGUCCUGCCAGACAGAAGGCUAAAGUUACCUACAGUCAGGAACUCAGCACCUUCACCCUCAAGCCAGAGGUUUCCCCUUUACUUUACGAGGGUGUGAAAACUAAUCUUGCAAGAAACCCGGAGUCUCUAAGCAGCCUGCCCUUUGAGAUACUGCAGCACAUUGCUGGGUUUUUGGAUAGUUUGGCUUUGUCCCAGCUAGCCCAGGUCUCUCAUUACAUGAGGGAAGUCUGUUCCACACUGCUUCAGGAGCGAGGUAUGGUCAGUCUGAAAUGGGAAAAGAAAACAUACUCACAUGGAGGAUCUUCCUGGAGAGCAAGGAAGAAGGUCUGGCAGUUCAGUUGUCUAUUUUCCACUGUAGACAGCUGGUGCUUUGAUGACAUUCCCUCCAUGUCUGAGCAUCUGAAGGUCUGCCCUUUCUAUGUGACUGAACAGAAGAGUGAGCCUGUCCCCCUGGCCAGAAUGUGUGGGACCAAAGAACAAUCACAAGAGAGUAGCACCCUGGUAUCCAUAUUUCUACCACAGCCUUGAGGGCGAGGCUGACCAGGGGUAAAGAAGGGGAUCGUUCCCAGUCUCAAGACAACUUCAGUGCUAUUAAUUAAAGUCUGUUUUAUUAAUGAUAGAGUUUGCUAUUCAAGAAACUAUACCGGUGUGGGUUCUUUAAGAGUAAAUAAGAACAUUUUGAUGAAUAUCAAAUAUCAAAUUGUGUGUUACAGAUUUGUGAAUAGGGCCCAAUAUGACAGAUAAAGCUAUUGUUGUGGUUGUUGUUUCUUUAAGAUGAGACUGAAAUUUCUUACGAGAAACAUUACCCACCAUUACGUUUAUUCUCCUAACAUAAAUUCCCCUGUAUAUACAUGUAAAUGAACACGUAAAGCAGGAUGCAAAUAAAAGCAUAGAGAAACAGAAAGGAAUGUGAUACAAGUAUGAAACUAUCAUAAAAUUAUCUCUGCUUUAUAUAAAGAGUUCUUCUGUGCUACUGCAAAUCUUGGCACAUAAUUAUUUUUUAUUUGUAACAACAUGAUUUACAGUUUUGGUGCAGUUCCUACUUGGAGCCACAAGAGGGGGACACACUACAGUACUGCCUAAUCAAAGGAAUUGGAAAGCAUCACCAGAUAAUUCUUCACAGUGGUGGAAAAAGAUUUAUUUCAUUUAUAUACAAAAACUGUUUUAGACUAUCUGACUUCUUUACCGGCAGUCUAAUGAGUAUUAUAAAUGUAUUGGUCUGUUACAAUGUGUUAUUCAGUCAAUAACAGAAGGUGUUAUUCCAUAAGAGGCACAGACAAGGACACAUUCCAGGAAUGCAUUUUUGGAAUUUCUCAUUACUCAGACGGAACGUUCAGCCAAACAAAUGGAACGUGGAACAGCUUAUGAAAUCAGAUUGUUCAGGUCCCUGCCCACUCUGUUCGGUCUCUCAUAAUAACACCUCUAAUUAAACCAUAUCCUAGUUAAAUUAAAGGAUUGGAUACAGUGCUUUGAUUGCUCUUUCUCGAUCAUUGUGUCCCAAAUUAGUUGUACCAUCUUAUUUGAAAUGUGUCUUUACAACACAUCAGUGGCAGAACUGAAGUGGAGUCGCGAUAUGAGGGCGGUGAAGACAACGCAGGGUGCCAUUAAUGCUGGUUACAGUAGAUGGAUGCGUGCUUCCUAAUAGUAAUGCAGAAAAUAGUUGAACCAAGUGGGGGAGCCAUUGUCCUGUCAAUUCUAUGUGUGAUGUGGUUCAAACUACUCUGACAAAACACCAUUGGCAAUUUUCUUUUUACUUCUGUUUGUUUUUUUUUAUUUUAUAGAAAACAUACAAAUGUUUCAUAAUUGCAUGACAUUGAUUAAUGGAGAUAAAUAGUUGAGUGAAAUAGUUUCACUAUACCAAUAAGGAUUAAUGUCAUUCCUACAUCUAGGUAUUCCCUAUGACAAGUUGAGUAUGGAACGGGUGAUUUAGAAGCUCAUCUGUGCAAACAAAUGAAAGAAAGUUUACAAGACAAAGCCAGCUUCUCUCCCCUUUAAACCAUAGGAUGGCAGUCGAUAAUGAAACAGUCUUCAGGGAAAUCACGUUACACCUUCUGCUCUGGCAGUGGCAUAGCUUCUAGAACAUAAUCCUCCUUAACUAUAAAAUGAUAGACUUCAGUGGCAUUAAAUAUAAUAUAAUUCUGUUUAUUCUAAGCCUUGAAACCAAGUCAUGUUGGUCUUUACUGGUUUGUAAAGGCAAUUUAAGAAGAAUGUCUUUAUCCUUAACUUUGUAUGAUGUUUGCAAUCAAGUGUUUCUGUAGCUUCACUGUUGGAUUUUUUUUUGUGUAUUCAAUAAUACAUAUUUUGUAUUUUCUUUAAAAAAAAAAUGAAAGCAAAGUACCAUACUAAGUUCAAGAAAGUUAUCAGUCUGCAUGCCUUACUUGCAGGUAGUCUGUUAUUCAUGCACUUCCUAGAUCAUUCACCUGCAGAUUCCAGCACAGCAACGAUUAGGUACUUCCACUUGUGCUACAUCAUUUAAUACAUGUACUUACACCAAGAACAUGAUCUGGGACACAACUUUGUUAAGGCCAUAGCCCUCCAGGCAGAAAUUGCCUGUGGGAGGCUGGGGGUUUAACAGGUUAACUAGUCAUUUAGUUCAGUUCUGUCCGCUGAAUCACACAAUUGAGUGCUACAGUGCUGUAAGAGCUUGUAGUAAGUAUUGUAUUAGUAAGUGGUACAGUGUAAAUCCAUGUAGAUAAAGUGCCUGUAUUUCGAUGCGCAUUGUUUUAUUUUUUUUUAUCUUCAACCCCUUUAAGAAAAAUAAAAGAGAUUCAAUUGCAUGAUUUUAUUGGAGUAAACUCUUCACAUUUGUUCUGUUUCAAAUAUCUCACUUCCAUCGCCCACUAUGAUUCUGCCUCCUGUCUCUUUUUCGUUCCUUCUUUCUUUUUGCUUCAAUACAACAAUGUUAUACACAUUUCAUAUAAUUUUACCUAAAGGGGACGUUCAAGUGUUAUCCUCAACCAUCACAAACA